AUGCCAUCCAAACCCUCUCCCACCAUCACACCGCUCCCCUCCCUCACUACAGAAACGCACCACAUCCCACCCCACCCAACCUCGCCGAUCCCCAACAGCUCGCCAACCACCGGCACAGGCAAACCCCUCCUCCUCUACCGCCGCGCCUUCCCCAACUUGCCUGUCUCAGAGAAGGCAGCGCAAACCAUAGAACGCCACCUCCGCCAAGUCGGCGCCGUCGAGCCGCAGUGGCGGUACGGCAUGUACGCGACCAGCCACUUCCACAGCACCACGCACGAGGUGCUCUGUGUCUUUUCCGGCAGGGCGAAGCUGCUCUUUGGCGGGGAGGGGAACCCCGGUGCGGUGGAGACGGUGGUGGAGCGCGGGGAUGUGAUUGUCCUGCCGGCGGGGGUUGCGCAUAGGCUUGUGGCGGAUUUGUCGUCGUCGUCGUCGUCCGGGCCGACUGCUGCUGCUGGAGAGGAGGAGGGGGAGGACGAGGGGGGUGCAUGUAGUGGGCGGUUUGAGAUGGUGGGAGGGUAUCCCGUGGGCGGAGAGCAGUGGGAUAUGUGUUAUGGACGGGAGGGGGAGGAGGGGAGGGUGCAGGGGAUUAAGAGAUUGGGGUGGUUUGAGAAGGAUCCGAUCUAUGGGGAUCAGGGACCUGUUUUGGAGGUAUAG